UUCCAAGCAGAGAGAACAACGGUGAUUUUCCACUAUUACAACAACUGUUCAUUAAUUCUGAUUAAUGGCUGCUUUGUCGGUUGAAUAACGACCUUGUCAGUGAACGCUGAAAACUGUCAUUGGAUCCUGGCUGAAUUUAAACGUUUUUUUUGUCGGUUACUACUACGUUAUUGCCGAGUUACAUGGUUAAAGGCUUCCAUUGCGGUGUGGACUGUCUUGCUGCUGAGCUGAGGACACAUCAGGACGGAUACCAUACCAUAACCUACCACACCUCUUCUUCUUCUUCGAGCAGCCUUCCCCGACUGUUGGAUACUAGCGGGAACUAUUUUGGAAGCGGUCAACUUUAAUUUCUACUUAAUCUUUUAACGGAAUGGAUUUUGAAAAGACAUAACCUGGAUGGUUUGCUGUAUAAGCUUGGAUAAAACGCGUGCUGGUGGAGUUUGCCAACUUUUGCGGUGGUCACAUUUAGUCUUUUCUGGAGGGGAACCAACUUAAAGCUAAAAUGGAUCAAGCCAGCGGUGGGGAGGACCCGAAUAAACCCUCCAAAAAGAGGUCCAACGAGGAUGAGGGUAAAAACAAAAAGCUGAACAUACACAUAAAAACAUUGGCUGAUGAUAUGCGCGAUCGUAUUACCAGUUUCAGAAAAACAGGGAUGAAGAAGGAGAAGCCCCUUAUACAGCACCCAACAGAUCCCCUCUCUACCCAGGCUGAACUGCCUGUUCCUCAGCCGCUUUUUGACGACCGCUCCAUGAACCUCUCAGAAAAGGAGAUCAUUGACCUCUUUGAGAAGAUGAUGGAGGACAUGAACCUGAAUGAGGAACGCAAAGCCCCUCUACGUGGAAAGGACUUGAGCACCAAACGUGAGAUGGUGGUCCAGUACAUCUCAGCCACUGCUAAAUCUGGUGGACUAAGGAACAGCAAGCAUGAGUGUACACUUUCAUCCCAAGAAUAUGUCCAUGAACUGCGUUCUGGCAUCACAGAGGAAAAGCUGCUCAAUUGCCUGGAGUCCCUCAGAGUGUCUCUCACCAGUAACCCUGUCAGUUGGGUUAAUAACUUCGGUCAUGAGGGUCUUGGCCUUCUCCUGGAUGCUUUGGAGAAACUGCUGGACAAGAAACAGCAAGAGAAUAUUGAUAAACGGAACCAGCAUAAACUCAUCCAAUGCCUGAAGGCUUUCAUGAACAAUAAGUAUGGACUGCAAAGGAUCUUGGGAGAUGAGCGGAGCCUGUUGCUGCUGGCACGAGCAAUUGACCCCAAACAGACCAACAUGAUGACAGAGAUUGUUAAAAUUCUCUCUGCCUUCUGUAUUAUUGGAGAGGAAAACAUCCUGGAUAAGAUUCUAGCUGCCAUGACAAUUGCUGCAGAAAGGAACAAUAAAGAGAGAUUUGCUCCAAUUGUGGAAGGACUGGAGAACCACGAAGCCCAGCAGCUCCAGGUUGCUUGCAUGCAGCUGAUCAAUGCUUUGGUCACUUCCCCUGAUGACCUGGACUUCCGGAUACAUCUGCGCAAUGAGUUUUUGAGAUGUGGCCUCAAGAAGAUCCUGCCUGAGCUAAAAGAAACAGAGGAACUUGACAUCCAGCUGAAGGUGUUCAAUGAGAACAAGGAGGAGGACUCUAUCGAACUCUCCCAUCGCCUGGAUGACAUCCGUGCUGAGAUGGAUGAUAUGAAUGAAGUGUACCAUCUCCUGUCCAAUAUGGUGAAAGACACUGGCUCAGAGACCUACUUCCUGUCAAUCCUUCAGCACCUAUUGCUUAUCAGGAAUGACUAUUACAUCAGGCCUCAGUACUACAAGGUGAUAGAAGAAUGCGUGUCUCAGGUGGUAUUACAUCGCAAUGGGAUGGACCCUGACUUUGGCUACAGUAAAAGAUUGGAUGUGGACUUCACCCAUCUGAUUGAUCAGUGUGUGGAUAAAGCCAAAGUUGACGAGAGCGAGCAGAAGGCUGCAGAAUACUCCAAAAAGUUUGAUGAGGAGUUCAGUGCACGGCAGGAGGCCCAGGCCGAGUCUCAAAAGAAGGAAGAGAGAAUCAAAGAGUUGGAGGGGAAGAUCCAGGCCCUGGAGUCCCAGUUAACUAUUGAAAAAGACAAGCUCAAAGAGGCUCAGAGACUCAUCAGGGAAUCUGAAGCCAAGAUCGCAGCAGGUCCAGCUGCGCCAGGAGCACCACCUCCACCACCCCUACCAGGGGGUGCUGCAGCUCCACCUCCUCCUCCACCUCCUCCUCCCCCACCUCCACCCGGAGGCUGUCCUCCUCCACCUCCUCCUCCUCUCCCAGGACAUGCUGGUAUUCCACCACCACCACCGCCACCACCUCCCCCAGGUGGAGGACCUCCACCUCCCCCACCACCUCCUGGUUGUGGGCCUCCACCUCCUCCGCCUUUUUUUGGAGGCCCUGGUGCUCCUCCGCCACCUCCUCAAUUGGCUGUUGUCAAGCUGCCUUAUGGGCUGGAGCCCAAGAAAACCUAUAAGCCUGAAACUGUGAUGAAGAGGGUCAACUGGACCAAGAUAGUGCCUCAGGAAAUGGCAGAGAAUUGCUUCUGGAUCAAAGUCAAAGAAGAGAAGUUUGAGAAUCCUGACCUAUUUGCUCAGCUCUCCCUCAGCUUCUCCUCACAGAGCAAAGUGAAAAAAGACGUAAAAGAUGAAACUGAUGACAGAAUGACACAAUUCAAGAAAAAGGCGAAAGAGCUCCGUAUCUUGGACGCCAAGACAGCACAGAAUCUUUCAAUUUUCCUGGGCUCGUUCCGCCUGCCUUAUGAAGAGAUCCGGGACAUUGUGCUGGAGGUAGACGAGGAAAGACUGAGCGAAUCACUCAUCCAGAACCUGAUAAAGAACCUGCCAGAGCAGAAAGAGCUGAGUGCGCUAGCGGAACUAAAGGGUGAAUAUGAAGAGCUAGUGGAGUCGGAGCAGUUUGGCAUUGUGAUGAGUUCAGUAAAGCUCCUACGGCCGCGUCUCAACGGCAUUCUGUUCAAGCUGACGUUUGAGGAGCAGGUGAAUAACAUCCGGCCAGACAUCAUGAAUGUGACAUUUGCCUGUGAGGAGGUGAAGAAGAGUGAGGGCUUUAGCAGACUCCUGGAGUUGGUGUUGAUGGUUGGCAAUUACAUGAAUGCUGGUUCAAGGAAUGCCCAGACAUUUGGUUUCAACAUCAGCUUCCUCUGCAAGCUCCGAGACACUAAAUCCACCAGUCAGAAUACAACACUUCUUCAUUUCCUGGCUGAGAAGUGUGAAGAGAAUCACCCAGAAAUUUUGAGGUUUCCAGAUGAACUGGAGCAUGUGGAGAACGCCAGCAAAGUGUCAGCUGAGAUCUUAAAGAGCAGUUUGACCACCAUGGAACGUCACAUUCAGAGACUUGAGAACGACAUCGAGAACUUCCCCAAAACAGACGACCAGCAAGAUAAGUUUGUUGAAAAGAUGUCGGGCUUCUGCAAGCAUGCCCGGGAGCAGUAUGAAAAACUAGCCAUCAUGCACAAGAACAUGCAAAAGCUCUAUGAGAACAUAGGCAGCUAUUUUGCCUUUGACCCCCACUCUGUCAGCGUGGAGGAUUUCUUCGGAGAACUGGCCAACUUCCGCAUCCUCUUCAUGGAAGCAGUGAAGGAGAACCACAAGAAGAGGGAGAUGGAGGAGAAGAUCAAGAGAGCCAAGCUGGCGAAGGAGAAAGCAGAGCGCGAGAAGCAGGAGCGCCAGCAGAAGAAGAAGCAGCUGAUUGACAUGAACAAAGAGGGAGAUGAGACUGGUGUGAUGGAUAGCCUAAUGGAAGCUCUACAGUCCGGAGCAGCCUUCCGUGAUCGGCGAAAACGGACACCGCGCAAUGGUGAUCAAAGUCCUUCCAGUCCAGCCUCUCGGUGGCCGGGUGCUAACUAUGGUAACAGAACCCUAGACAACCGCCGUGCAGUCCUGGAAAGGUCUCGUUCACGCCACAACGCAAAUCACCAAGCUCGAUGAUCGCCCGCGCCUACCACAAGACGCUAGAUAAGUGCCAAAGAGGCCUGCGAGGUGGAGACCAGGAAGACAUCUGAGGGAGGGACAGAUCACCCCUCACGGUGGCAUACGUGCACACACUCACGCACACACACACACAAAAGCAUUGAUACAUACACACACAGCACCAAGUGGAACAAAACAGCCUAAAGAAGCCACACAGAACUGAAGGAUCCGUAGUCCAUCACACACAGACAUUUAAUUUUCGUGCUGUUCGUCUGACGCCUUACAUAUUUAUUCAAUACUCUCUCAUCACUCUAAAUGUUCAUGUCCUCUCCAGAUAGUUUGAUUCAUAAAAUGAAAAAUUUUCACAUGCUGCUGCUGUUUGAAAUGAAAGGUUUUCGUUGCUUGAAAAUCCAUUUUGAUUCUUGCGAGUCCAAGCCUACUAUUUUAAUCCCUUUUUAAUCAAAAUACUACAGUUCACAUACAGUUCUGACAUGAAACAUGCUGUGUGUUGAGAAUAGACAUUCUGCCGAGAAGGACUGCACCAUAAUGAUUCUUAUCAUCCAGAAGAACACACAUUUCAUUCAACAAAGGGGCAGCAAGCCAGCUGUCCUUUAAAUGGAAGACGGGGAUUCACCACCUAUGUUGGCAAGCCUGCAACCUGCUGAAGUUUUCUUGAACAAGUCACUGAACUCUUAAUGAAAGAGGGAGUGGUUGUUUUUUCCCCCAUCAAUCCCUCCUUCAACCAACAUCAUAAUUUUUACUAGUAAAUGUACAAGAGUCCACAUGAAUCAUUUAAUUUCGCAUCCCACAAAGCCGCAUGAGCUGGCCCCCGUCUAUGCUGAGAUUUCAAAGCAUGUGACUCAUGGAUCUUGAAACUGUAAUCUCCAUUUUGACAAGAUGCAUUUUAUUUUUAGUUGUGUAAUAUCUAACCAAUGCCUUCGGGUGCUGAUCUCUGUACCAAGGUCGCUUUUGCUGUUAACAUGAGAGACUGACACAUUUCCAAAUGCAUAUAACUGCCUAGAGAAGCUAACAUGACCUCUUUGACCUUCCUCGCAGUCACACAGGUUGUUUUCAGAGGGUGAAGCUCAAUCAUACAAAGGUAUUACACCAUUUUUAUUAUUAAUCUAUUUCAUAUAUAUAUAUAUAUAUAUAUAUAUAUAUAUAUAUAUAUAUAUAUGCUCUAAAAGACAGUCCAAUAAUUAAAUCUUUUUUUCAAGUUAUAAAUUUAAAACCUUUUGGGGGAAAAAGCACGCAAAAUCUACUGAGGGAAUCCAUGCCUCAAACACUAAAGAGUUCUAGGACUACAAACUAUAACACUCUAAUAUUAAAGACCCUAUUUCCUAGCGGGAUACUUCACAGUUGUAACAUCUUCCACCUGAUGAAGCUUUUUGGCAUCAAAACAAAUACCCAAUGCUUGGUGUUCAUGUAUAAAAUAGCUGAAACUUUGCUGUGAGCUUUGUUCCUCUGUAAGGACCCACUGUCACACGAUUUCUUCACGUGAACUAUUUAUUCAUAUAUUCAUGCCUAGGGCAGCCUGGUCUCCUCACUGCCCUAAACUGUAAGCAGAUGCCACUAAAAACAACCACUGAAUCCACAUGGAGAGUGGGUACGAGCAGAAUAAUCGACUGAGGGGAACAGCAGACAAGAUGAUGCUUGUCUUAGCAAGUGAGUCUCUAAACACCCUCCAAUUCCCCAGCACUAAUGGCAUAAGUGACCCUUUAACCAUAAUACGAGUUACUUUAGUAAUACCAUAACUCUGCUUACGGCUUUGUGUCUGUGUGUUUGUGUUUGGGCAAGCAUGCGUGUGUGUGUGUACCAUGCCAGCUUAGUAAUCGGAACAGGAACCCAGGCAAAAUAGGAUUCAGUGUGCUUGACUCCUGGGGUGAAUAGAUGGAGAUUUUUCAUUUUAAACAAUCUGCCAGUGCUGCUUGUGAUGUGUCUGUUUCAUGAUGCCUCCUCUCCCAGCCUGCAUGCUUCUAAAAAUGCAAUUUUACACAUCAUCUCGGCUCAAGGUGCAUCCACAAUGCUCAGAGAAGUCUGCAUAUUUAAGAAGACAAUGAUUCUCCUCCGAAUAUAAGGUUCGAGCAGUCGCACAGAGAAAGCAUAGAGAAUGAGGUUUCCGCAUAAGGGAUUCUGCACAGAUAGGAGUUUUAAGGAGGUGUUGUACACAGCAGAGAUAGAGAUGUGCUGUCAAAGGCAGUUAUUCCCUUUUUCUAAUCGCCCUUUGUCCUCUGCACCAUCACACCUGUACAGCUUAAAGUAUUGAAUAAGAACCCCCCACCCCCCCUUUUUUUUUACAUCAGUUCUCUAUUAACACCAAUGUCUGCUGUGACUUUUGGUGGUAUUUCACCUUAUGAUUGGAUAUUAUACAUGCCAAAACAGUCAGUGUCUAAUUCUUUAUGAAUAAUUUGACUGAAAUAUUCAUUGUUUAAUCGUCUUAUAUUUUUCCCCUACACGUGCCAACCAUUUUUUUCUUUAUUUUUUGGGAAAACACCCUAAAUUCCUGUUUUGUUUUUUUUUUUAUCAUUUUGUUUUGGAUAUCAAAGGGAGUACAGGUCUCUCUUUAUGAAACUAUAAGAAAGAUUGUACAGACAUCAGAACUUUUUUUUAUUUAAAUUUAGCCAUUGUUGGUAAACACUGGUCCAAUUAGGAACUGUCAUUCAUCGUAUGAGAUUUUGAUGUGAUUACAUAAUGAUAGUCAUGUGGUAUUUCUUAUCUAAAACACUCAAACAUCUUUUAUAAGAUGUCAUCUAUUUGGAGUUUAAAAAAGAAACUUUUGUAAUGAUUUCAUUGUAGAACAUAAUGAACUAAAGAGCUAUGUUGUUAGCCAUUGUAGAAGUUCCAGAAAGGGAAGUUCCACAAAAUGUUGGUUUUGUGAUGUUCUUUGCCAUUAAAUAGACCAAAUGGCUGGAAAGCAGUGGCUGAAAAGUCAUCAGAGUUUAAAUUAUUUUUCUUACUAAAAGCAGCUGCGGUGUAGAAAACCUUCAACUUUAAGAGAAACUUCUACAAUGACAACAUUCCUCAUCAGCUGUGUUAGUGAUUGUUGUAUUUCUCCCUCUAUCCCAAUUUUUAGGAUAAUCAGUCAAGUAUGUGUUUUUUAGAAAAUAGCAGAUCAAAGAACCUGAACUGUUCCAUCAUUUUAGUGUGAAAAACAGGCCCAUGUGUCUGGGCCGAUCAUCGCAUUGUCUUUUAGCUUGUAAUUAACAAACAUGGUAAUUGUUAAGAAUGAGGAGGCAGGGCUAUGAAAGAUUUAUCAAAAACUAUAAAGGUGCCAUUUUCGGUGGUGAUUUGUGACAAGCGAUUUAAUUAAAAGAAAAGUUUGCAAUGUAACUUACACUCACUGACUGCGCACUUUACCUCACACAAUAUUCUGCUCAGGCAGAGGGAAGAACUUUGAGAUGUUUGAAUAUGACAUUGCCACUAACAGAGUGAACUAUUUGCAAAGUAUUUCCUUUGGUAAAUAGUUCCCAGCUGCCACAUAUCCAGUUCUCUCCUACUUUGUUAGUGCUUACUAUUGAUUUGUGGAAGACCAAUCUCGGCUGAAUCAACAAACAACACUCACAACUGUUGACAAACCCUGUCCGACCACGAUGUGUAAGCUGCCAUAUCCCUGCCUACCUUCCAUGUUGUCAUUGAGUAUGUUUUAUUGUCUUAAGAAACAUUUAUAUUUGUAACAUUUUAAGUUUAUUUGUAUCCUUAAGAACAUGAAAAAACAAUGGUUAUGCACACUGUCCUUCCAUGGAAUAUGAUACUAAAUAAUAACCCCUUUGUUAUAUAAACUGAUUUCUGAAAGAUA